AUGCGGGAUAGAGCCCGGUCGUCUCCGCCACUGCAGCGUCGCCUCGCGGAGUAUCUGCGCUGCUCCACGAGCAAGGCGGAGGCAGCGGAGGCGUUUUUCCUUGUUGCACGCUCGCAUCAGGAGGCGUUGACGCCAGCCACCAUUUCCGAGUUCACCAGCACAAUGCUGCGACACCACGUAGGUGCGCAGAUGGGCGUAAAGACGUAUGAGGCGGCGCUCGCGGACGCCGUCGGAGUCGCAGACGAGAGUCCAUGGGGUCACGUGGAACCGGGAGAGGCCCGUGCGUUCGCUCUCUAUCAGGCGCGCCGCCUCGAGCGGUACGCUGUGAGGGGCACAUCGUUUCAAGUGCAGCUCGGUCGGACGCUGGAGGGCGCAGACAACGCCGUGGUCGCCCUUACGGAGCACCAAAUGCGCAAAAACACCGCCUCGGCCAGUGCGCUACCCGUGUCAUGCGACACCCUUGUCGAGCUCGUUCACCUCGACGUGUCGUGGUCCACCGCGCUGCAGGUGUACACGUACGCAAAGGAGGUGACCCGCGUCGACCCACCUGCUGACAUGGCGGCACGCUUGAUGGGGCUCAUGACGGGGUACAAGACGAACGCCCUUGGCUCGCGCCCGUGGGAGAUGGCGCUGGAGCUGUACGACAGACUGCUAGAAAGCGGCUACGAUGUACCGCUGGAUGCCCACACAGCUGCCCUAGACGCCGUGUGGCGCAGUGGAGAGAGUUUUGUGAAGCCGCACCACUCCUUGUCCCCCACUGAUCGAGAUUGCAUGUGGAAUGCCCUGGUGCGCAUCCGCGAGCGUGUGCCAGAUGCGCAGGUGACGGGCGACGCCGGGUGCCGCUUCUCCGAGGCUCUCAUCAAGGCAGCGGGAGCAGCAGGACGGUGGGAGGCGGCCUUGCAACUUCUCAGUGACAUGGACGUCACAUUGGCCGCCACCUCGCAUCGUCUGUUGGUGCCCACCGCCGAAUCUUUUCUGUUUGCGAUGGCGUCGUGCAACGCCGCGCACAACGCCGCCCAUGCCGGCGCCCUGUACGAGACGUUCAGUGCGUUCUACACGCUGCGCAGUGCUCACCCCGAGGCGCUGCUGGCGUACUUGCAGUCGCUUCGAAAUGUGGAGCACCUGUCGGCCCAUAUCGGGCCGCAAGUGGAGGGGCUUGUGAUGGAUGGCAACGGACUGGAUCGGCCGUGCUGCGUGGUGUGCCUGCAGCUCCUGUCGAGCCAGCGUGUGCACACGAAGCAGGCGGCGAAGUGGAGGAUCGCACAGAGGCUGCUGCAGAUGUACGACAGCAACCCGUGGCCGCAGCAGCCGCCGGUGCGAAAGGCAGAGCUACAGACAGUGUUUCGCUGCUGUCACCUCAUCGCGGCAAGUUCCGCUAACGACGCGAAAGUGUCCGCUUCUGCGGUGGCGCCCUGCUCGCUGCUCACCGAACUGCGCGUGUAUCUGGUCUCUGUGUUUGGGCGCGACUCCUGCGAGUGCCAGUGGCUUGACGACACCGAGGUUUACUCACUUCUCACCACACACAGCUGGGAGUGCGCCCUUUCCAUUUACCAGCGGCAGGUGACGCAGCGCCCACCAGCUCGCGUGACGGACCUCCCCAUCCCGCUGCGCCAGGUGCGCCACAUGUUCGCGCAGACGCUGCUGCGCUGCUUCCGUGCUUCAACCGAUGAGGAAGGGGAGAGGGACAAGUUCCUCCUGGACGAGGAGCGAGAGGCGCAGGAGAGGGAGAAGACGGUCGACAUUUUGGCAUUCGCCGUGCGCACCGUCCGGGAGGUGUACGCGGGCACGGGCGACACAGUAUCCCUCGGUAUCGUUGCGGAGCUGUUACUCCACCAAGCUUUGCACGCGCCGCGUGCACGCGAGCGCCAGCAGUUGGCGCUGGACGCGAUGCGAGAGCUGUCGUGUGGCUUGGCCAGCGCCGUGACCCCGCGGCUGAUUGACCUCGUCGCGCAGGCCCUCUCCCUCACGGAGGAGCAUGUCCACAGCGUCCUCGUUGACGGCAGUCCGCAGCUGCGUGCAAAGGCGUUGGAGCGGGAGGGACAUCGACGCAUACGCUCGAGCGGCUGCCUCGAGAAGAUUUUCAUGUGA